UGGAAAGAGUAGUCCUGGACUUCUAGUGCAGAGGUGGUUGGAGAGAGAGAGAGAAUGGGGAAGAAAGAAGAGAGAGUGAGAAAGGCAGAGGCAAUGGUGGAGAAAGCAAUGAAAGGGAACGAUGCUUCACACGAUGCAGCGCAUGUUUGGAGGGUUCGUGACCUUGCUCUUUCCCUUGCCCAAGAGGAAGAAGCCCUCUCUUCUGAUCCAAACUCCUUGGAAAUAGUUGAGCUUGCUGCACUGCUCCAUGAUAUAGGUGACUACAAAUACCUGAGGGAUCCAUCUGAUGAAAAAAUUGUUGAGAAUUUUCUCGAGGAAGAGGGAGUUGAGGAGAACAACAAGUCAAAGAUUUUGAAGAUCAUCAAAGGAAUGGGUUUCAAAGAGGAGGUAGCAGGAAGUGGAAAUAGUGAGUGGUUUCCAGAAUUUGGAGUUGUGCAAGAUGCUGAUCGACUUGAUGCUAUCGGUGCUAUAGGAAUUGCACGUUGCUUCACCUUUGGUGGGAGUAGGAAGAGGGCGCUGCAUGAUCCUGCCAUUCCACCACGAUCUGAUUUAUCCAAGGAACAAUACAUGAACAAAGAGGAGCAAACUACUAUUAAUCAUUUUCAUGAGAAGCUUCUCAAGCUCAAAGAUAUGAUGAAAACCAAGGCUGGGCAGAGGAGGGCUGAGAGAAGGCAUAAGUUCAUGGAAGAGUUUGUGAAAGAGUUCUAUGACGAAUGGAAUGGUUUAAGCUAAAUAGAGCGUCAGUAAUCCUUUCAUGCUUCAUGCUGCAAUUAUGAUUACCUCCUUCGGGGCCGUGUCCUUGGUUAUGUAUACCCAGGAUCAUUCUCUUCAGUGUUUGUUUUGCUGAUAAAUUACAUUAUAAAUGUGAGCAUUUGUGCCUAUUAUCACUAUUGACGUUCCAAGCUUCUUUUAUCCUUUUGAACCAAAACUGCUCUGUUUGACAGGGGGCUGAUCAAUAUUGUGCAAUUGCAUUUUAUGGAUGCAAAGAUGUAGUACUGAUGGAUUUCAUGUAUGAUAACUUACUUAGUAAAACCCAGUGUACAACUAUAGUUCCCCUGAAUAACAUGUCU